UUUAAUGACAAAAAUGAAAAACAAAUUGGAAUUUGGAAAGUGGGGAACUUUAGUGAUAAUCAACCUUGUUUGUCUUUAUCAGAAACCAACACACUCCACAAGAGUAAGGAAAAAGGACUGUCCAACCUUGGAUUGUGCUCCUGUGUUCGAAAGUACACCUGAAAAGAAGUGCAAGCCUGGCAGGAAGCCUAAAAAGACGUUUGAUCUAGAUGAUGAUAAAGAGAACAAGAGAGGUAAAGAAACACCAAACAAAGCCAGAACUCCUUCCAAGAAAUCUACGAAGGACAGAGUAACGAAAACAUCAGCAACAGAGAAAGGGAAAGAAGAUGUCUGUGAUCGCAGGACUUCUCUUCGGUCCCGAUAUCGAGUUGCAAUCAUUGGUGCAGAUGAAGGGAAAAAAACUCCAAUUAGAAUGAAGUUUAACAGGUACAGUAAGAGUAGCAGCAGUGGGGUAGAAGAAGGCGACAACUUUACUCCCCGCAGUUCCAAACAGACCAAGAAAAAUACCAAGCUGUCUAAAGCAAAGGAACUGCUACAAAAGGCAAAGCAGAAAAAUACCAAGAGCACUAAGGUUCAGAAAUCAAUUAAGCGGACUAAGAAAGGUGCAAAGAAUGACGAGGAAUCAUCUGAUGAUUCCAAACCCGUUGGAAGGAGAAGGAGCUCUAGACUGUCUGACAAAGAUUCUAUGGUUAUCUUGGACAGCGAAGGUAGUGGGGAUGAAGUAGACGGUUUUAAUGUUAAAACUCCUAAGGCCAAGAGUAAGACAAAAACGAAAGGAACCAAAGCUACACCAGCAAAAGCUACACCGAACAAAGGGACACCCAGCAAGGGAAGAAAGACACCUUCAAAAAAGUCAGGUCUGUUGAUGCAUGUCAGGUUCACAAGAAUUUCAUUUUAAUGAAACAUAAAUUGUUGUUUCAAAAAAUUAAAG